AUGAGUUUACGAUGUCUGUUUGUAGCUGGCCGGGGCAUGGCGGAUUAUGCAAACAUCAAGGCCAGCUGCCUCCAGAAGUAUCAACUGUGGGAGGACCCUGAUUUUCCGGCGACACAAAAUUCUGUGUUCUAUCACCAAGUGCCACCGUUCCAAUUCGAAUGGAAGAGACCUCAGCAAUUAUACACAAACCCGAAGUUUAUUCACGAGGGCUAUGACGCGUUCGACGUGGUCACCGGCACGCUCGGUGAUAAAUGGUUAUUAUCAUGUUUCGGUCUACUCCACAUGUACAAGGGUCUGUUCUUUCGUGUCAUACCUGGAGAUCAAAAAUUGGAUUCUAACUAUGCUGGUAUUUUUAGGUUUCGCAUCUGGUGGUGUGGCCAAUGGGUGGAAGUUCUAGUUGAUGACAGAUUGCCAACAGUACACGGAAAGCUCGCGUUUAUGCAUUGUAGCCAUUCGGAACAGCUCUGGCCUGCAUUAUUAGAGAAAGCUUACGCCAAAAUGCAUGGUUCGUACGAAGCUCUGAAAUACGGGAACCUACACGACGGCCUUGCAGACCUCACUGGUGGAAUUACUGAAACAAUGACUGUAUCAGAAGUUGGGGAUCCAUCGAAAUUACACAAUUUAUUACAGACCACUAGCAUAGUAACAGCACACCGCGGAACUAACUCAGUAAAGACGAUAGAAUCCGGCAUUCGUUACAGGAUACACAAUAUUGAACGAGUGGAGACCACAGUCGGAUUUGUACACUUGGUGCGAUUAGGGAGACCGUUAGCACCUGGAGAUACGCCAUUUACUCAUUUCAUUUUGGACAAACAAGCGUGGAGUUUAAUACCCGCAUCAGAGCGAGACAGACUAACGUCGAUAACAACCGGUUUCUGGAUGUUGUAUACUGACUUCUUAAGUACAUUCUCCCGGUUAGAAUUAGUGCAUAUGGAUGGUGAAACUAGUCAAAUAGAAGCGACACUCGCUGAUAAACAUAAAUGGCAAAUCAAAUCUCAUCAGGGCAGAUGGAUGAAGGGCGUCACAGCAGGCGGUUGUAGAAAUCACGCAGAAUUCUUCCACAUGAAUCCACAAGUUCAAAUAGUACUCAACGAUCCCGACACAGUGUUUAUAUCGCUCAGUCAACACAGCAUAAUGGAGCCGAAAGUAAUAGGUUUCAGUAUUUACAAGAUAACAAAAGCAUUCACUGAGAUUGCGCCGUCGACGCUUUUCAAGAAAAUGAAAAGUUCAAUCAAUUCACAAUACACGAAUAGCAGACAAGUUAGUGAAAGAUGCAAUUUAGAUGCCGGUUCAUACUUAGUCAUUCCAACCACCUUCGAGCCCCGUCAAGAGGGAAACUUCACUCUCAGAGUGUGUUCUGUAAAACCACUCAAAAUGAAUGUUUUAGACAGCUUUCCCCAAACACUAAAGGCGGCUGUAUUGAAAGCUCCCUCCGAUAUCAACUCGAAUACAUUUGAACUCUAUGACUCCCAGUUUCUUCAGUUAGCUGAUGAACAUAAGACUAUUAAUGCUUUUGAACUACAAGAGUUGUUAGAGAGAUGUUUACCAAAUGAUUAUAUAAAAAGUUGUGCAACCAUAGAGACUUGUAGGCAAGUCGUUUUGUCUAUGGAAAAGGAUGGUUCAGGUCGUAUUAACCUAAACGACUUCAAGGACCUAAUAUACAGCCUUAAGUAUUGGCAAGAAGUUUUCAAGAGGCAUUCAACAGAAAAAAUGGGUGUGUUGAGGGUGGAACGGUUUCGUGACGCGCUCAGAGACGUCGGUUUCGUGGUCCCGGAGAGGGCGAUGACUUUACUGGUUCUAAAAUAUAUGAGGAAGGAUGGAAUGCUCCGGUUUGGAGAUUUCGUAUCCGCAGUGGUCCUCUUGCAUAGAGCUUUUCAUAUGUUCUUCAGUAACUGCUCUACGCGUACGUACAAAGUAAAAUUAACAUUUCCAGAGUGGCUGAAGUUGGCUUUGACGUGCUAA